CCACCUCUGUUGCCAGGAACCCGCCUGCUCACCACAGUGACCACAUCCCCCAGGUUGCCUUAGAAACACUCCUCAGGGCAGGGGAGUUGGGGCACAGUUGCCCAGCAACAGGUGGUUCCCUCCCUUCCGCCUUCAUCUGAGGCGCUGCUCUGCGCCCUCCCACAGGCACAGGGAAGAGCUGCUCUGAAGGGAGAGAGGAGCCUGAAGACAGAAGACCGAAGCCAGCCACUGUAGGUUGUGCUUCCUCUCCCAACUCCUGUCUCUGCAGAUGCCCUGGACUCCAGAGCAGCCCUCCGGGCACAUGGAGGGGCCCCCUGCAUCGGAGCUGGCCUCAUGGCCCCCACUGCCCUGCGGGCCUUGCAUCCCCAUCAUGCUGGCCCUGGCCGCCCUGGCCGCCCUCUUCCUCCUCACCACGGCAGUGCUGGCUGAGCGUCUGUUCCGCCGUUCUCUGCAGCCGGACUCCAGCACCCACGCACCCACCCUGGUCUGGCGCCCUGGGGGAGAGCUGUGGAUUGAGCCCACCGGCACCCCCCGAGAGCGCUCUGAGGACUGGUAUGGCUCUGGGGUCCCCCUGCUGAUGGACCAAGCCCCAGAUUCUCCUAUCCUCGGGGGCAACUUGGAAGCCCUAGCAACUGCCCCACCUGCCCCCUCAACUCCACACUCCCCUCCUAGCUCCUUAGUCCCCCAGAUCCCAUAUAAAGUCCCAGCCCGCAGCACCUUCUGGGGGCCCCAGGCCUGGGAAGGAAGACCCCGCGCCCCAGGCCUGGUGAGCUGGGCUGAGCCUGAACAGAGGCUAGAGUCCAGCGCAAAUGUGGGGAGCCCCCAGGCCCAAAGGCAGCGGCCAGGUAGCCCUGAUCCAGAGUGGGGCCUCCAGCCUCGGGUCACCCUGGAACAGAUCUCUGCUUUCUGGAGGCGUGAAGGCCGAACUAGUGUGGGUUUCUGAGUCCCCAGGGCCUAGAGGACUGGCUUCCUAGAGACCUCUGAGGAAGGCCCAACCUCAGAGGGACCUUAAGAAUCUGAGGCUCCAGCCUGGGAGCCCAGCUGACAGUUGGGGCCAGGGAAGAAUGCUCCAGGCCUUCCACAUCGGGAUUUCAAUGGAGUUGGACCUGGGUCUCCGCAGGCUGGGUGUGGACAGAGCCUGUGCCGCAGGGAAUCUCAGAGCUACCUCUGCUCAGCGCCUGGGGGAGGGGGAGCGGCUGCGGUGCAGUGAAAUGGAGAUGCCGAUGACUCUGGGCCCAAAGCUGCCAAGAUCACAUUUCUAAUUAAGAACUCACUGUACAAGUACCAGACAGGCGUGACAUAACAUCAUUGCAGUGGCUUCCACCUUCCUUCACUGUGCGUCUAAGGUGCCAAUGUCAGAGGGAAGGGGUCGCAUGGAUGCUGAUGAACAGACUGUGUGGUCAAGGUGUGUGUCAGCUGUGCAGCAGGAGAUGACAAGCAUCCAGAUUCCAGAGCCAGAAAUAAUCCCUCCAGGAAAACACAUAAAGAGAUGUCAAGACCAGGCAAAGGAGCAUCUUAUUCUUUACGAACUGUGACUUUGAUCCCCAGCUCACAGCAAUGAACUUGGGGACACAAGCUGGAGAGGGCCUCUCU